ACAUACAUACAUACAUACACACGCACACCAACCAUGGGAGACUAUUACUACUCGCACGGUGCCGACCCGUCGAUGAUGGGCGCAGUUGGUGGCAUGUACGGCGCGACCAUGGCCGGGGCCCACGGCGGCAUGAUGCAUCCCGCCAUGCCCGUGGCCGCCAACAUCGAGCACCCGCCUCUUCCGCCUGGCGCUAAGCUCCCGUCCAUCAAGAUCGUGGACUUGGAUCGGGACUCCAUCUCCUUCGUGGUUACCGACUGCGACCUGAGCCUCGCCAAUGCCAUGCGACGCAUCCUUCUCAGUGAGAUCCCCACCAUCGCCAUUGAGCACGUCUUCAUCAAGGAAAACACCUCGACGCUGGUGGAUGAGUUCGUUGCGCACCGGCUUGGUCUCUUGCCCAUCCGGGCGCCGCUGGCCAUGAUCGAGCAGUUCCAAUUUUCCUGGGACUGCCCAUGUGACACGAGCUACUGCCAGAACUGCGCGGUGGUCUUCCAGCUGGACAUGAAGCACGACGGGACCAAUGGCAAUGUCCGGAACUUCAAGAUCUCCCCCCUGGAUGGCACGGCCACCAAUGACCUGCUGGUCACCUCGGCCGACCUGCACCUGGCGGUGCCGACCGAUCGAGUGCUGGCCCUGAGCUCCGGGUCGCGGAGCUUCGCCGAAGACCGCCAGGCGGACGCCUCGGCCGCGGUGCUGAGCUCGGGCGGUGCGCCGGCCGCCGUGGCCGCGGCCGCCGAUGCCGCAGCCGCCCUCGAUACCAAGGGCAUCUCGGAGUUCAGCCGGGCCCGGCCACUCAUCGGGGAUGUGAUCAUCUGCCGGCUGGGCGCGCAUCAGGCGCUGAAUGUCAUCUGCCAUGCGCGCAAGGGCAUCGCCAAGCAGCAUGCCAAGUGGUCGCCGGUCACGGCGGUGGCCUUCGGCUAUGACCCGAACAACCUCCUCCGGCAUACGACCCUCUGGUAUGAGCGUGACCCGGUGGCCGAGUGGCCGCGGACCGAGGUGCACGCGGCGGCUCGCGCGGCCGCCGGCGAGGCCGAUCUGGACCCGGGGCUGGUGGCGGCCGGCGCUGCCGGCGCGGCGGCCGGCCCCGGCGCCGCGGGCCAGCACUCGUACGACCCCAAUGCCGAGCCGGACACCUUCUACUUCCGGGUAGAGUCUUCCGGUGUCAUGCGUCCGGAGGAGAUCGUCCAGUCGAUGAUCCGCGUGCUGCGCAAGAAGCUGCAGGUGGUCCAUGAUGAGACCCUUCCGAUUGCCAACGCCAGCGCCUGAGUGAAGCAGACGGGCGAGACGACGCACGACCGCCGGUGCACACGAACACAUACACACACACACACACAUUGCACACAUUGCGCACCCUCCGGUCACCUUCUCUCCUCCCUGGGAAGCCUGCCCACAAGUGCCCGCCUCUCCCUGGCACGGGGGCAUACAACAUGCUUGGACACCCACCGCGGAAUUAGACAUGCACAUAUCUCCGA